AUGGAAGAACUAUCAAUUCCAGAAGAUCACCUUCAAAAAGAAAGUAAUUUAUCAACAAAAUGUCGAUUUCUUGUUUGGAGUUGUGUCUUAAUUCAAAUAUCAUUUAUUAUUAGUGUUAUUACAGUAAUUAUAUUCAUUCGUUAUCAGUCAUCAUUUUCAUCUAUCAAUAUAAAAUAUGACAUUGGAACGACCAGCGCUUUGAGAAAAACAACACGAGCAACUCGAAUGAAAACAACUUCAACUGCAGUAACAACAUCAAUUUUAAGUGAUAUUUCGAACAUAAAUUCUUCAUAUAUUCCAUGUUAUCCGUUAAAAUUUUCAAAUUAUACAAGUUAUUUAACUGGAAAUAACCCUUGGUCAAUAAGCAAUGGUUAUUUAGACGAAGAUUCUUUACUUGAUAUUGUUGUUGUCAAUAGAGAUGAUGCAACUAUUAGUAUAUUCUAUGGUUCCGGAAAUGGAGACUUUCGAAAUCAAACAUUAUAUUCGACGACUUUAGGUUGUACUUAUGUUGUUAUUAGAGAUAUGAAUAAUGAUAAUAGAUCAGAUAUUAUUUUAACUUAUACUUUAUUAAAUAAAAUUGCCAUUUUAAUCAAUAAUGGCAAUCAAAAUUUUAAUUCACCAAUAACUUUUCCAGUUGGAAAUUCUCCAUAUUGGAUUGACAUUUCAGAUUUUAAUAGAAAUAAUCUAUUAGAUAUUGUUGUUGUCAAUGAUCAUGAAGCUUCAGUUACUGUUUUAUAUGAUUAUUAUAAUUCAUCAUUCAAUUAUUCUGAAACAUAUUCAGUUGGCAACGAUGUCACAGCUGUAUCUGUUGCUGAUUUUAAUAAUGAUUUAUAUCCUGAUUUUGUUACUACUGAUUUUAGUGAUAAUACAAUUAGUAUUAAUAUGAAUUCAAAAAAUGGAAUAUUUAAAAAUAGAAAAACAUAUUUCACUGGUAUUGGACCAUGGGGUAUAGCCAGUGCUGAUUUAAAUAAUGAUAAUUUUAUAGAUAUUGUUAAUACUAAUGACUUAUCAUCUACAUUAAGUAUUUUAUUUAAUGAUGGAUAUGGAAAUUUUAAUAGACGAGAUACAUAUUAUAUUGGUGGAGCUCCAAGAUCAGUUGUAUUAAUUGAUUUAAAUAAUGAUACAUUCAUUGAUAUUAUUACUGUAAAUUGGGAUGAUACUUUUAUUUAUAUUUUUUUAAAUAAACAAAAUGGAAUAUUUCAAGCAUAUCAAAGAUUUACCACCGAAUUGUAUGGUUAUGCAGUUACAACUGGCGAUUUCAAUCAAGAUGGAAAAAUAGAUAUUGCUCUUAUUACUUAUUAUAGUACUUUAAAUAUUCUUUUAAAUCAAUGUUAA